AUGAUUUUUAGCAAGCUGUUCAGAAAAAAAGUCGAGCUUGACGUGGACCUCUACAUUUUAAAGAAUAAAGAGUCUAGUCCACUUCUGUUAGACGGUAAAUUAUGUGUGAAUAAAAACGAGAUAACAAUAAUAAAUAGUUUAAAAAAAUUAGUAUUUAAUGAAGAUAAUAUUCAUGAUUUUAAGUAUCAUGAGUUGGAUAUGUGUCAAUUCAAAUAUUUACAGAAUGGAGUAGUGGAAGAAUAUGGGUUAGUAUUUUCGGACAUGUGUUAUAUGUAUUAUUUUUAUAAAUAUAUGAUGCUUUCUUAUUUAAGUGGUAAUGUUAUUCUACAUAGCAAAGUAAACUUGUUCAAGUACUCUGAGCCGGUAAAACGUUUGUACAAGAAAAACUAUCAUGGCAUUUUAGUAUUUAAUACUGUAAAGUGUGAGCAUGUAUUUAUUGUUGUUAAAUCCAACCGUAGGAUGGUGCCCAGUGAGCAAGAAGAGGAAUUCGAAAAUGUUACUGCUGGAGAGGGGUGUGAAGCAGAUGAAGUAGAUGGAACAAAUGGAUCAAGAGAAACAAAUGGAUCAAGAGAAACUAAUGGAUCAAGUGAAACAAAUGAACAGAAUUCCAAGUAUGCAGCACAUGCUGAACAUACGAAGGGGCAGCGAAGGAACAAAUUAUCCACAUCAUUUAACAAGAACACAAGUAAUUAUUCGACAAAUAAACAAAACUCUGUAAAAUCAAAAGAACAGAACACAAAAGAAAUGGUGAAAGAAGAAGAGAAGCAAAUCAUGAGAGAGAUAAUAAUAGAUGAAGAAAGUGAAAAAUAUUAUGAACAAUUUAGCAUAGAAAAUAUUAGGGAGUUGUACAAAAGAAACAAAGUAUUUCUAAUAUAUAUAUUAAACUCGUUCAAUGAUAUUUAUUUGAGUAAGGACUCAGUUGGAAUACAUUUACAAAGGUACUUAGUUUAUAAUUUGUUUAAAUUUAUAGAUUACAAGACUCUGUACCCUGAAGGUGAUAAUUAUAAAACGUUUUUUCUAAACGAUGAAGAAAGUGAAGAAGAAAGGAUGAAAGAACAAAACAAAUCAAAAAAGAAAAUCCAGUUGAAUCAAACGUAUGCCUAUACUUCUCACAUCGUUUUGAAUGGAAAAAAAUCUAUUGAGAAGGAUGAUGACGUCAAAAGAACUGUUGAUGAUGUUGGUAGCGUGGAACUGAGAAGAGGGCACAUGAGUGUUGGGGGCCAUAGUUAUGGCAAUGAUGGAAGUACCAGAAGAGGUAGCAGUAGAGGUAGCAGUAGAGGCAGCAGUAGAGGAAGCAGUAGAGGAAGCAGUAGAGGAAGCAGUAGAGGAAGCAGUAGAGGAAGCAGUAGAGGAAUCAGUAAAGAUAGCCGUAGAAAUAGCGGCAGUAAUAUUGGGGAAAAGGGCGAAAAGAGGGAGGGGGGUAAGGAAGGCCUUGAGAAAUGGACGAAACCCAUGCUGGAGAAGCACACUGAUCCCGCCGAACAAAUAAACGAAUUAAAUGAAAAAUUUUUAAUCAUUGUGGAGUCGGAAAGUAUUAUGAUUGAUACCAUUAAAAAUAUACUAAUAUAUAGGUAUGAUUUCCAGAAUGAUAUUGUACAUAUAAAACGAGAUUACCUAGAAAAUUACAUACGUAAUAGUUGCAGUAAGAACAAUGAGGAGGUUCGAGGAAUGAAUAAAGAUAACAGUAGUGACUAUAGUAAAGAAAAUAAAAAAGAAGAAGACUAUGUAUUUUUGUCAGAUUCAGAUAUAUCAGAAGAGCUAGAGGAAAAUAGGGGAUCUGAUAUGAAAUAUAAAUAUGUGAAUACAAAUGGAAAAUUUUCAUUCGUUUUAAGGCAAAAUUAUAUAUUGCCAAAGAAGGAUAGACGCUUAGAAAAGAGAAAAAAAGAGAAUGAAAAAAGGGAAUGUAACGGAAUUGCCAUCGGAUAUGAUGAUAAAGUAAAUUAUGACAAUAUACAUAACGACUUGAAUAUAUACAAAUUUGAUGAGUAUGGGAAAGAGAGGAAGAUUUAUAACUCGACCAAGAAUUUAUUUAGAUAUAAGAAUGAAAAAUGUAUUCCAAAAAAUGUACAAAUUAAUGAUAGCCAAGGAAAUAAAAUAAUUUUUCUAGAUGAAAAAAAUGAUAACAAUUUAUUUAUGAUAGACAUCAAUACAGAAAAGGUUGUUGACAAAUGGAAUACUGAAUAUAUACCAAUUAAAAAACUGCUCAAAAAAGAAGAAAAUGUAUACUGUGGUUAUAAUAAGAACAGCUUAUACUUUGUAGAUACACGAAUGAAAUCAUGUAUUCAAAAUUUAUUACAGUAUAGCAAAAAUACAGCUGAUAUUGAGCAUGCGAGUAUGGAUGAAAAGGGAAGAAUAAUAGUAACAAACACGAAUGGUGAACUAAAAUAUUAUGAUGGGAAAUUAAACAAUAGUAAUAUAAUAAAAAAAAGCAAAAAUGUAGUGUUCUGUGCAAAUGAUAUUGUUCACUUAGUUGUGUCCUUAGAUGGUAUAUAUUCAAUUGUAACAUGUGAAAGAAGUGUAAUCCUAUGUGAAAAUAUUAUUGAAAAUAAUAAUCUUUUUCAAAAUGUUAUUAAAAAAAAUGAUCGUAUAAAACAGAAAAAAAUUUUAUUACAAUUACAUUAUAUUGAUGUUUUUACCUACAGUCUUGGAAAUUACAAAUUUGUAAAAAGUGUGGUUAACCAUGAUAAUACAUUUAUUUUUACCUUUUCCCAAAAUUUUUAUGUUGUGUGGAAUAUUAAACAAGCCAUGAAUGAUAAUAUUUCUUAUGUUAUUAAAAAAACGAAUGAAAAUAUUUCAGAUAUCUCGUUCUUCAAUGUUAACGAUAUCCAGGGUAUUAUCAUAGCUGAGGAAAAUUCACUCAAGGCCAAAAAAAUUAAAAACGUGUAG